UUCUGCAAAAUUUGCAGGUGGACAAAAUGCUGGUCAGGCAGAACUACUGUACAGAAGACAAUUCCCUGACAAGCCAUCGCCUUCGCGCCGGAUGUUUGGUCGUCUCACAUCUCGUCUAUGUGAAACGGGAAGCUUAAAUCCAAGACCUCGACAUCGUCCUAGAACACGCACAGAUGAACGUGCUGAAGUUGCUGUGCUCGCUACCAUAGCUGUGAAUCCUCAAAUCAGCACACGUCAAAUUGAACGUGAAGUUGGUGUGUCGAAAUCAAGUGCACAGCGUAUUCUUAAACGUCAUAAAUUUCAUCCUUACCAUGUUCAUUUACACCAGGAUCUUCAUGGAAACGACUUCCGCAAUAGGGUAACAUUUUGUCGGUGGGCUCAGCAGAAACUUCUGACUAAUCCAAAUUUUUUUGCAGAUGUUCUCUUUACCGACGAGGCAUCAUUCUCCAACAAAGGAAUUGCCAAUAUGAGGAAUAUGCAUUAUUGGUCUGCAGACAAUCCAAAAUGGCUCUGUCAGGUAGGGCAUCAACGUCCCUGGAAAGUUUAUGUUUGGUGUGGCAUUAUUGGAGAUACCAUUAUCGGACCUUUCUUUAUAAAUGGAAUCCAAAACGGCAGACAAUACUCCAGAUUUGUACGACAAAAUCUUCCUGUUCUUUUGGACACCGUACCUCUGAACCGGAGAAUGGUCACGUGGUAUCAGUAUGACGGAUGCCCUGCACAUAGCACCUUACGAGCACGACGACUUCUGAACCGUAAGUUCCGUGGUAGGUGGAUUGGACGAGGUGGCCCAGUUAGGUGGCCUGCCCGAUAUCCGGACCUUACACCACUGGAUUAUUUUCUCUGGGGAGCAGUGAAUGAUGCUGUUAACCAACAUGAACCAACAACACCAGAGGACAUGAAGCAACACAUUAUUGAUGCUUGUACAGCCAUCAAAGAGGAAACAGUAGCACGAAGUAGGGCAUCCUUCAUCCGCAGAGUGACCCUAUGUAUGCAAGCCAGUGGGCAUCACUUUGAGCAUGGGAUGUGAACGCUAUGUUUAGUAUAUAGUGCUGGUAUCACAGUGGAAGUUUCUACAAAGGGCCAUUUUACCCAGUGAUGUUAAGAAACAUUUGUUUGCAACAA